AUGGCGACGGUCGCGGCAAGAGGGGCCAUAAACUGUUGUAGAUCAUUAUUCUUUUCUGCCUCAAGACAGAUAGGAAAAUCCUCUACUUUUGGUUGGUGGAAAACUUUAAAUCCUAAUUAAGUGAUUUCUCUUGUUCUUCUCUGUUCUUAUUUGUAUUUUCACGUCAUUUUUUAGUUUAUUCGCCAUGUGUUGGAGUGAGAUGUUGGCCGACCAUCGUGUCAUGCCAAACUUGUCGAAGAUGGCAGACAACCGCAUCUGGAGCAGGGGAGACAACCUAUGGGGAAAUAGAGGAAGAAAAAGAAGAAAGCUGGUUGGAAAAGGCCAAGAAACGUAGCUGGUUGUGGAGGUGGCUAAACGACAUACAUGAAAUUGAAGCUCGUGUAAGUAUUCGGUUUUUACGUGAGCUUGUUCACACAUCUUACAUAAUGUGAUGACCUUCUGAUGAGGUUGUAUCACUAGCGUGAACCAGGCAUUCAGACUGCUCAUAAACGUUAUUCUUAUGUUACAGUUACCAAAUUCAUCUGAUCUCAACGUCUCGGACAACGUACUGAAGUUUGUUCGAUAUCAUUUGGUUAAUUUUAAAGGUUUCAAUUUUAUUUAAAGUGCAACUAACCCCCCAAUUUUUUUCCCUGAACGAAAUCCUCUUAUCAUCCUGAUUACUUGUGUGGAAAAAUGUUUGUCAUAGCGUUUUUCCUUAUUUUUUGUAAUAGACACUGCAUUUAGGAGAAUUCUUGACCACAUGUACUAUAGCAGUGUAGAAACAGAUCAACAGCUUUUAUUAAAAAUAAAUUUUCUGUCCAUCUUGCCAACAUGAGUGCUCAACCACGAACUAUUUGGCCUUUCUAAAACUUGAACUUGAAAAAACAGGGUCACAAUAGGUGGAAGUAGUCAUCUAACUAUUAUUGCUGAAGCAAAGAAGAACCAUUCCAUGACACACUGUAAGCAUCAAUAAUGGAAUGUUUGGUAAACAUUGGUUUCUUUUAGAUGAUGACAGAAGAAGAGUACAAUGAGCGAGAGAGAAUGGUGGAAAAGGUAAAGUCUUUUUUUUUUACAGAAAAUGAGGUGGUAUCAUUUCUUGCGUGUUUCAUGAACUCAGGCAGCAAGAAAAACAUGUCCUUAAAUGAUAGCUUGGCAACCAGCAGGUUUUACCAUAAGGUCCUGGUGUAAGGUACAGGAAAACGAACAACAAAAACCAGGAAUUUUCUAAUAUUGCUGCAAAAUGAGUUGAGCAGUGAUGUUAGGUAUUAUACCAGCCCAAGGCAAACUUGUCUUGCAACUAGUGACAUAACUCUCGUGCAGGGCAUGACUCCUGCUUAGUUUUAUCCAAUCAGAAGUCGGUAUUCACACAACUUGUAACAACCUGAUUUGUUGCAAGAUGGGUGUGAUUCGUGGGUGGUAAAACUCGGAAUAUUCCUUUCAACUCAUUUUGCAGCAAUGUUUCAAAACAAAAUAUCAAUUGCAUGUUUUCAUUGCCCAUUUAAUGUUCAAAAUGUAGCUUUGCUUGUAAAGUGCUUUUAUCUUACCCAUUACCAUACCCAUCUAACCAAAAAUUAAUAAUGUUUGUGUGAUAAUGAAAUUACAUUUUUUGUCUUGUUGCAGCUAAUGGACCGGUACUUUGACACUCCAGAUGCCAAGUUUGAUCUGGAUAUAUUCGGGGAGAUUUUUGAUCUGCUUAUCAAGUAUAAUGACAGAGAAGCUGUAAAAAUGUUUUGGAGUUUGAUGGAGGAGAUGCAGGUCGAACCUGAUCCAGAGAUGAGAGAAAAGGUUUGUUUCUAUAUAACAGUACUAUAAUGGCAGAACAGUUAACUCUAUCUGAGAAGGACACCUUUAGGACUGACACAUCUAAGUCUCCGUUUUAUUGAGAGUCAACUAAAAGGAGUAAAGAAAUGCAGGGACCAACUCUAGGUUCUCCUUUUAGAGAGGUACCGGUCUUACAUAGAUGGAGGUGUCCAUAUAGAGAGAGUUGACUUUACAUUCAGCCCCCAGUACUCCAUUCAGUAUUGUCAGCAACCUUUCCUCACCCAGACCACAAAAGGGAACUAGGGGAGCUACAUGUAGGGUACAUGUAUUUUCUAUGUAUCCCUUCUUUAAAGGAAUAAGAAGAGAAGGCAAACAACGAUCUCCACCCUAUGAUGCAAUCAUAUGGACGGUAGAAAAAAGUUCUUAAAAUCACAACCUGUGCAAACUUGACGCACCCAAGUGAUUUUUAACCCCUUGCUUUGCACUUGUCACCCACCCUCCAAACCUUGGAAAAAAAUUUUUUCUGUCAUGCACUUUUUGUUCCAAGGCUUGAACAUUUACCUUUGUUCUUUCUCUUAUUCAGACAAAUAAAUAUUGUUGAGGGAGAAAGUCUUCCUCCAAACAGGUUAUGUUUAUGUUAGCAAACAGGCUGACCAAAACGUUUCUAUAAUGCUUUUUUCACUCUUUAUUUCUACUAUGGUUUGAUUUCAUGUUUACUUAGUGGUUUUUGCAGCUAUGGAUAGUUUUCCAAAAAAAAUUGUAAUCAUGAUUGCCAUGUAUCCUUGUUUCACAGGUGGAGAAAUACUUAGUAAAGGCAAAAGAAGAAUCUUGGGCUUGGUGGUAG